CCUCUGAGUUAGCUGUGCUUCUGGGGACCUAGACUAGUGGUUGGGGCAGAGGAGAUCUGAGAGAUCAACUGGACAAGAGCAAGGAUCUCAGCAGGGGAAGCCUGAAUAUGACACAAGAGAUAAGAAAGCUUCCACAGAAACAAUUUCAGACUUGCACGGUGCCCUGGGAAGGAAGAUGUCCAACUGCACCACUGUAACCGAGUUCCUCCUCCUGGGCUUCUCUGACACUCGGCAGCUGCAGAUCUUGCACUUUGUCAUCUUUCUGGCAGCGUACCUGGCAGCUCUGUUGGGGAACCUCCUUGUUAUCACUGCUGUAACUACGGACCACCACCUCCACAGCCCCAUGUACUACUUUUUGGCAAAUUUGUCCAUCCUUGACCUUGGAUCCAUCUCUGUUAUUGUCCCCAAGUCCAUGUCCAAUUCUCUCUCAAACACCAGGACAAUUUCCUAUGCUGGAUGUGUGUCCCAAGUUUUUCUCUUCAUGCUCUUUUGUGCAGUCAAUUUUUCAAUCCUCACCAUCAUGGCAUAUGACCGAUCUAUUGCUAUCUGCAAGCCACUGCAUUAUGAGAUAAUAAUGAACAGGAGAGCUUGCAUCAGAACGGCUGUCUGUGCUUGGGUUACAGGUGUCAUUUAUUCAGCAGUGCACACUGGGAAUACCUUCAGUCUCCCUUUCUGCCACUCAAAUAUUAUCAACCAGUUCUUCUGUGAAAUACCCAAGCUGCUCAAGCUCUCCUGCUCUGACACAUACCGCAGAGAGCUGACAGUUGUUGCCUUCGGUGUGUUUCUAGCUUUGGGCUGUUUUGUUUUCAUCAUUGUGUCAUAUGUUCAGAUCUUCACCGCAGUGUGGAGAAUCCCCUCUGAGCAGGGCCGGCAGAAAGCCUUCUCCACCUGCAUUCCUCAUCUGAUUGUGGUCUCCCUGUUUCUUUCCACUGCCGGCAUUGCCUACACGAAGCCCGUCUCUGACUCCUCGUCCCCUCUGGAUCUCCUGGCAGCUGUUCUGUAUUCUGUGGUGCCUCCAUUGAUGAAUCCGGUCAUCUACAGCAUGAGGAACAAGGAGAUCCAAGCUGCCCUGAUGAAACUGCUCCACCGGCUGAUCCUCUCCAAGAACGCUAUUGCCUCGGAUAUCAAGAAGCUGAUCUUGGUCGCUGCCUCAGACUUCUGCCUCACAGCUUUGAAGAAAGACGGCUGCCCGUUCACGCUCUGUGUUAGAGACUUCGCCCGAUCACUUCUACCCUGA